GAGGUGGACAGGGUAGAGGGUGGGGGUCAGAGGCUUGCUCCUGCCCAGGCCUUGAAGAUGACAGAGAAGUACUGCCUGGAAAGAGGAAUCCCCUUUCCUACCAUCGAGGUGGGCCCUGAGGACAUGGAGGAGGCCAGGGAGUGCUACCUGUUUACCAAGGCUGAGGACCCCUGCUCACCCAUCGUGCUGCACUUCCCCCUUGUUAACAGCACCUUCUGUACACACCUGGCCCCAGGUGUGGAGCGACAAACAGCUGAGGAGAAGGCCUUUGGGGACUUUAUCAUCAACAGGCCAGACACCCCCUAUGGCAUGAUGAACUUUACCUAUGAGCCUCAGGACUUUGAUCGGCUGGUGGCCCUGAGCCGGUACAAUGUUCUGAACAACGUGAAGACCUUUAGGUGUGCCCUCCAACUGGCUCUGGACCAGCAGAAGGCUCGGGAGAUGGUUGGGGGCUGACCAAGGCAGGAGCUGGAGGACUGUGACCCAGAGGAGACACCCUGCUCAAGGCCAGGGCAUGUAGAGGGAGGAGCAUUGGGGACUCUGUGUGGGGUCUGCUGCAUUUCUCUCUAGGACCUGCCUCCAGGUUCCCUAGGCCCUGGAAAGCUCUUGCAGAAUUGCAGCUUCGACUUGCAGCAGCUGCCUCUUUGUGUGUUUCUUGGAGAAGAUGAGGCAGUAGAGCUCUCCAGGGGGUCUUGGGGAAUCAAGGACAGAAGUCAGCAGCACUCAUUUCACAGCCAGGUGUGGAGAGAAUGAGGUGCACCACAGGGCCCACCCCAGGCACAGAAGGACUUCAGAGGACCCAGGUCUUCAGACACACACAGACAGCUGCCCAGGUGCCAGCUGUCCUCCUCACCAAGAUGGAAAGCAGAGAUGCAUCCACCCAUACUUCCUGCAGAAUGGCCCAAGCCCCAACCCCACCUCAAGCUCCUGGAUGCACUGCUAUCAAGAAUCAAGAACAACAAGGGGCUGGGUGGGUGACUAGUCUGCAUUGCUGACUCCAUCACCCUAACCCUCCUUCUGCUUUCUGGCUUCCUCAUGUCUCCUCCCAGAUCACCCUUUUCUUCUCAGCAACCUAAAGCCUGUGGGAUGCUCCAGGUGGGAGACAUGCACAUGUCCCCCUGCUAAUCACCCAUGCUUCAACCUUUGAGUGUGUGCCAGUCUCUGGUCAUGUGCAUGGUGGCCACAUUAUGGAGAUAUAGUCUCACCAUUCCUAGGAGCUAAAUGGGUGUGUCCAGAAGGGACAUCUGUUCAUCGGAGGAGAGUGAAUGUGUACCUGUACGUGGGGCAGGGGGUGUGCUAGUUCCGGGGGGGUGAGUUGGUGGCAAGGCCUGGGCGGGACAGAGGGAGCCUCACCUGGGCUCCUGCUUCUUUCCCAGAUGCACCACUGGCCUGGGAAAGUCUUGUUUGUUGCUCUCCCUCUUUCCCAUUCCCCUGACCUGCCAGGGACUCUCCAAAUAUCUAGAACCUCCCUAGUGUGGACAGCACUAAGAUCUGUAAAGAGGAGAUCCCUUUCCAACCAGGCCCUCUCCAUCUGGCCUUGGCCUCUGCAGCAUAUGCCCCAGUGCUAAGCCACCUGGGACCCUGCAGUGGCACUUGAGCCCUUUUUCCUUCUGCCCUCUGUGCCACCUUUUCUGCACUCUCACACAAACAUGCUGUUAGGGACCAGAGCCACAGUCCCCCUUCAGUCAGGGACACCAGUGCUGGGAAGCCUCACCUGUCCUGAGUCUGGGAAGAAGAUACUAGUUCUGGAUCCUGGGUGGGAGAAGGGUGACCAGAGCCCAGCCUCUGUCUUGGCCUGGCCUGGCCUGGCCUGGGACUCACAGGCAUCCAGCUGGCAUGAGCUGUGAGGAUGGGGGAGCAGUGCUUUGGGCUGGCAUGGGGUGGGGGCAUCUCAGUUCUACCCGCCGCCUCCUCACUACGGCUGCCUGUCACAGGCCACGGCCCCUCCUCUGGGCUCAGCAGUGAGGGGUUUAUCUGGGAGUUGAUCUGGCUCCUGCUGUGGCCAUCGUCAUUAACACCGCUGUGCCUGCCGCCAUCAAUAACUUGUUAGAAGUUCAUAGGGUUCACAGCUUAGAACUGCACAGCCUUCACAACUUAGAAUUUGCAGUGUUUCUUCAGUGCCUCAUAGAGCUUCAGGCUGCCUCUGGCUUCUAUAAAGUCAAUCUACUGACGGUGAGGAUUUUCAUCUGUUUUGUUCAUUGCUGUAUGCUCAGUGCCCAAAGCAGUGGCUGAUACAUGGUAGCUGCUCAGUAAAUAUUUGAUAAAUGAAUGGGAA